CUUCGUCUUAUUUCUCUCCGGUUCCAUCCUUUCUUGUUACAGACCCUUUUCACUCUUCUCUUCCACGUACAAUACUAUACUUUUUUAUAUUUUAGAAUUUGUUUAUUGUCUCCAUUAAAAGGAGAAGAAAAAAGCUUGGGUUUUUGUUCUUGGCGUCGGUAGACAUGGUGGUGGCUUCGCCGAACCCGAGUCGAGCCGAGAAGCCGGAAGCCAUAGAGCUUCCGGUGAUAAACCUUUCGGGCGAGAGAACGGAGGUGGCAAGCCUCAUUACGAAGGCGUGCGAGGAGUACGGUUUCUUCAAGGUGAUCAACCAUGGAGUGCCGGAGGAAACCGUCGCGGCAAUGGAAGAAGAAGGUGUCAGCUUCUUUACGAAGCCGGAUGUCGAAAAGCAGAGAGCCGGGCCGGCCGUACCUUAUGGCUAUGGCCGUAAGAACAUCGGUUUCAAUGGCGAUAUUGGUGAAGUUGAAUACCUUCUUCUUCAUACCAAUCCUCUGUCCAUUUCUCAGAGCUCCAUUACCAUCUCCGGUGACCCCCAGAAGUUCUGCUCUGUGGUGAACGGUUACGUACGUGCUGUCCGAGGGCUAGCAUGUGAUCUCUUGGAUCUGAUGGCAGGGGGAUUGAGGGUCCAUGAUCAAUCACUGUUCAGCAAGAUGAUCAGGGACGUUGAAAGUGAUUCACUUUUCAGGCUCAAUCACUAUCCACCUUCCUCGUUCCAUCACUGCACCACCGGUGCUGUAGGGUUCGGGGAGCACACCGACCCUCAGAUCUUGACCAUCUUGAGAUCCAACGACGUAGGUGGCCUGCAGAUUCGUGUAGCCGAUGCUGUUUGGGUCCCUGUCCCCCCUGACCCCACUGCCUUUUGUGUCAACGUAGGUGAUGUUUUACAGGCAAUGACCAAUGGGAGAUUCAUGAGCGUGAGGCACAGAGCAUUGACUAACAUCAACAAGCCAAGGAUAUCAAUGGCCUACUUUGGGGCACCACCACUGCAAGCAAUGGUCACUACCCCUCCAGAACUGGUCACACCCCAUAGCCCUUUGCUGUAUAGGCCUUUCACAUGGGGUGAAUACAAAAGAGCUUCAUAUUCUCUCCAGCUUGGUGACAGCCGCCUUCAACUAUUCAGGAAAUGAACAUGUUGGUUAUUAGACACCCGUUUAAUUCCCUGCAAUUUUGGCUGUAAAACCUUCAAAUUUUCCAUAGUUUUUGUUUACAGGCUGAAAAAAAAUGUUGUAUUGAUAUACUUGGUAAAA